UGUAGAAUUUGUCAUUUGCAAAAUGUCUCUUGUCCAUUCUAAUAGCGGUAAUUUUCCUGAAAAAGGAUUAUUUCCAUUACUUUGUCCAUCGCCUUCUGACCUUCCGGAUGGGUCCAUACUUGUUUAUGGGAUAAAAGUUCCACCAGAGAAUGAGCUACAGAAGGGGGAACGGGUGAUGUCUGAACACCAGCUCCGCGUGCAGCGUUCCCUGCAGAAGCUCACUAUCCCCGAAUGGUACAAACAAUCCCAAAUCCCCCGGGAGGGAUUCCUGCUCAAGAAACACUCACCCCGAGAGGCAAGGUGGACGGGCACAGGCAGCAAAACCACCUCCCUCAGCAGCCUGGGCUCGAACGUUCAGUCACCCGUCAUCCUCAGUCCCACCCCAGGCAAUCAACCGUUCGUCCGGUGGUCCACUUCUAAAUUAAAUUCUACGGCAUCGUCACCUUGCGCUUCAACCAGAAGCAGCUUCAACACCCGCCAGCCCAACGGGAGCAUCUCGCCUUCUUCCGUAAGGUCUAGUUUCAGUUACAGACAGCCGUACAUGGGUUGGAGGUCGCAGGAGAGACUCAGCAGACCUAGGACACCCGCGGAACGUCUCGCUAGCUCUUUACUAUCUUCACAGAACUCCUCACAUCCGCAGCAGCCCCAGGAGAGCCCCGAGAUACAGACGUCUAUCAAGGAGGUCACCUCGGCUAUCGUACACUAUGUUAGCGGACUCAGGCCGGAAGAUACCAGAGACCGGAGCUACGAGAGUCAAGAGACGGCCAGCCAGAGAUCCAGCUCGGUGAGUCCGCGGGGCAGUCAGAAGCUGUGCUGGUUGGAGAGCUCCUUCGUCGGGACGAGGCCUUUGGAUUCGCCGCAGACGCCGGUGACGCUCUCGGAGAGCCAAAGUCACAACCCUGUACCGCCCUCUUCUCUGAGGUUAGAUCUGCAAGCUCAUAAUGAUGUGACACUUCUAACGACCACCGGAUCGACUUUAAAACCGUCUCCAAGCUCCACCACCUUAGAGGACGUGCUGGACUCUCUCCUAGGUCUCCCGUCUACCGGCAGAGCCCCCAGUCCCAGUCUCCAAGAGACGGUGUCAGCUAAUACUAGCCCCUGUCGCCAAGGCCAAGACGACAACCUUACUGAGCAGUUCCGACGACGAUCCGAGGGUUCCGAACCAGCAUCGGCGUCAGUAAACGCCUCGAGACGAGUCUCUUUCAAUUCCUCCCCCGUGCUUCGUUGCCGGUACUCUCGAUGCGGUCGUACAGCUCUGGCGACAACCUCGGAGGCUAGCUCCUUCAAAAAUUGCCACAACUGCUCGUAUACUUACUGUUCAAGGGCUUGUAGGCGCGCACACUGGGAAAAGCAUCGGAAAACUUGUUUGUUUUCACGAAUCGGAACGUUGUGUCGACAAGUAAUCGCAGCCGCCAAAGAACAAAAGGACACCCUCACUCACCUGUCUAAGGUGGCCCGGAGGGGGUACCUGUCGCACGGACCCGGAGCGGUAAAGUGUUUUUACCCCAAUCCCGAAGCAGCAGAAACAUUUCUGUCUAAAGGACUUCAGUAUUUAGGAGAACUGACUUACGUUCGUUGGCAAGACUUGCUACCGUCUGAAAUGGGCCCCCAGUUGUAUGCCGAACUAGUGAAAAUGUGCAAAAACUACAAUCCAGAUACAAAACUCGUUCUGUAUGUGUCGGUGUGUGUUAUUUCGGAAGCUCCGGCAUCAGGCGCGGUGAAGUGGGAACGACAACUUGUGUCUAGGUGUGCGAAGAUGAGGCUGAGCAAGAAUAUACAAAUACCAGAGAAAGAACCGUUAGAGAACCCCGAGACUUUAAUUCUCACAUCGGCCCCUCUCAAGGGUGACGUUGAUACGAUAAAAAAGCAUAGAGAAAUAGCUGUUGAGAAUCUACAAAAUCAUUUGAGGUCACGCGGGGUGUCUCUUAAACGGCAACACCCCGAAAUCCAUAAACAGCUAGUCGUGUACUGUGAGGACGAAAGUAUGAAAUUUAUACCUGUGACGGUGUACCCCACGGACUCUGUUUCGGGGAAAAGCUUCAUGUGUAUUCUAAUGCUCGAGGCGAACGAGGAGAGUUUGAAGAAAGUCGAAAAUGCUGGAGUGAGAGUUCGGACUGUUGAUUUAAUGAAGAAUCUGUUGUCUGAAUGAAAUUAACUACACUAUAUAGAUAUUGUAUGAUACUGAAUCUGUUGAUGCCAACAUUAACACUUUUACCAAUAUAAUCAACUACGUUAAAAUACUGUAAUAAAUAUUUUCAGUUUGUUAUCAAUUUUUUCAAAGAUGCUUAUAUCUUCGUUGAAAGGCUGUGGAGUAUUAAGUAGGUAUUUAUAUUAUCGUGACAUUUUAUUGAAAGAUACGUUUUGAAUUUUGUUUUGCCUUAGAUUUGUAAAAAUGUGUACAAUUCAAGAAUGAAGGAAUUUUAGUUCGUCGAACGUAACCAGAUAAUCUUGAACCAAAAAAUGAUAAUGGAGUAUCUUCCAACUUUUAAUUAUUUUAGAAAAUUUAAAAACAAAAAAUUUGAAAUCAUUAAUCAUUUUUCCGAAAGCAUAAAUUGAUUUAUUUACUGGCUGGAAUACAAUAGACU